AUGACUUUGGAGCUUAUAUUAAAGAGUUUUCAAGCUACAGGCGUGUGGCUGAUGGAUGUGGACGCUGUACUGAAACGCUUUAACAACUGCCCACCACAACAAGACGAAGACGCAGAAAUUGGAGAGCAUGGCGACGGCGAUAGCUGGCCUGAGCUGCGCAAAAUUUUUGACGCUGCAGUUGCUGACAAGGCCAGAAUUGAAGCCAAGCGGCUGUCGCGGAGCCUCCACUUGCUACAGGUCAACAACGAGCUUCUUCGCACUCAAAACGAGGAGCUACAACACAAACUCAACGUCAUUAAGAAGCGCCCAACGCAGCAGACAACACUGACUACACAAGACGGCGACGACUGGCACAGAGGCGCUGUCUUCUACAGUCCUAGGAAGCUUGCCCGCGACCGCGCGCGCAAAGCUGCAGAACUCAAUAAAGCCGCGCAGCUACAACUCCAAAAAUCUCGCGAUAGAAAGGCAAAGGUGGCAGCAACAGCUCACAAAAAGCAGUAG